AAACCAGAUAUUAGAGAAAAGGGCCAAUUUCUCUUUACUGGUUCACAUAAUCGUUACCACAAUAACGACUGGGUUUUAUCUAGUCUGUUGCCAAAUAUGAUUCGUACGAAGCUUUUAGUCGAUUAGCGCCAGUGACUUCUAUGGAUUCAGCUCUACGCAGAACCAGACUGAGGAACUACUUGGUGUUGGAGGAGAGAACGGGGUUCUCUUGGCCGUUUUUGAUUGAUAAUUAAUCCCUGUUUCUGGGUAUCUUUCUCCCCCAGUAGAGUUUCUCCAAGUGGGUUCCUCCUCAAGUAUUGAUUUCGAUGAGAAGGGUCGGUGAAGAAUCGGCGGUCUUCCUGUAAUUUGUAUUCCUCUAGUCGAACUUAUAUUGUUGUGUUGUGCUGCAGGAGUUUUAUGUGGAGGGGUUGCUCUGGCGGAGCUGGGGUUUUUCUCAAGCUCUCAAGGUGCUUACUGAGGAUGUCUUUGAGCUGCAAGUUUUCUACCUCUAACGGGAAAUUCCCAGCUGGGUUUAAGCUGAAGAAGGCCAAGGAACAUCUCUGUUUGUUAAAUUCUACCGGAAAAUGGAAGAAGAAGCUUCUCUGUCUUUGGAUUUUAGCUGUAGUUGUAGUUUUGAGCAGUUGGUUUUUCUUGCGUCCGUGUAAUGUGAGUAGUGGAACAAAACAGAAGACCUGGAACUUGUUCGACGAAGAAACUCGAACUUUGCUGCGGCAUUUCAAUGUAAGCAAGAAUCAGCUUCAAGCUUUAGCUUCCUUUUUGUCCGAAUCAGAUCGGAUGUUGUCCGUCCGGUGUACUGAAGAUUUUGAAUCUGACACAUCACAGUUGGAUGGAAUUGCCUGUGCCCUGAAGUUACUGUACUGGGAGCAAGAUUUGCAAAAGCAGUAUUUGGGGGUUGAAGAAAGUGCAGAUUCCAAUAUUGGGCAGUGCCCAAUUCGAACUGAGAAGAUCCCUGAAAAUUCUGACCAAUUAUUCUCUGAGGACAUAACUGUUCCAUUUGCUUCAGACUUAUCUGUCUCUUUACUUUCUACUAGUUAUCAGCUUUGUGGAAAGAUAAUAGAACAAGCAGGAGUGCUAAGAUACUUUUUGAGAAAGCACUGGGAGAGUUUCUGUAGAUUGUUAAUUGGAUGUUUCUGGGUUCUCCUUGGAGUGAUAGUGUUCCAGAACAUGCCUGGUUUCCACCUGAAAUUGUGGACCAAUAAACAUCCAAAGCCAGAUCAACCGUUGGUUCAUCAACAGUGGGUCUUGCUACAAAGAAAACAACAUCAACAAGUCAAAGAUUCUCCUAAAGGAGCUGGGAAAUGGCGGAAGGUUCUCCUAAGAAUAUUUAUUGUAGUUGGGAUCAUCUCGUCCAUUUGGUUAUUUUGGCGCCUGAACCAAAAAAUCAUUUUUAGAAGAGAAGAAACACUUACAAACAUGUGUGAUGAGCGAGCCCGGAUGUUGCAGGACCAAUUCAACGUUAGCAUGAACCAUGUUCAUGCAUUGGCUGUUCUUACCUCUACCUUCCACCAUGGGAAACAACCUUCUGCCAUUGAUCAGAAAACAUUUGGUGAAUAUACAGAAAGAACAGCCUUUGAAAGACCACUAACUAGUGGUGUAGCUUAUGCUUUGAARGUUAAUCACUCAGAAAGAGAGGAAUUCGAGAUGAAGCAUGGAUGGACAAUAAAGAAAAUGGAGACUGAAGACCAAACUCAUGUUCAAGAUUGCAUCCCAGAAAGUUUGGAUCCUGCACCAAUUCAAGAUGAAUAUGCACCUGUCAUAUUUUCUCAAGAAACAGUCGCUCAUAUAGUUUCAAUUGACAUGAUGUCUGGAAAAGAAGAUCGUGAGAACAUAUUGCGAGCUAGGGCUUCAGGAAAGGGAGUGCUUACAUCUCCAUUUAAGCUUUUGAAAUCUAAUCAUCUUGGGGUUGUCCUCACAUUUGCUGUCUAUAACACUGACCUACCACUAGAUGCUACUCCACAGCAACGUAUUGAAGCUACUGUUGGCUAUCUAGGUGCAUCUUAUGAUAUCCCCUCACUGGUGGAGAAGCUUCUGCAUCAGCUUGCUAGCAAGCAGACAAUUGUGGUGCAUGUUUAUGAUACAACCAAUGAGUCUGCUCCCAUCAAGAUGUAUGGUUCUGAUUUUACCGACACGGGGCUAUUGCAUAUUAGUAACCUUGAUUUUGGGGAUCCGUUAAGAAGGCAUGAGAUGCAUUGUAGAUUCAAGCAUAAACCUCCACCUCCUUGGACAGCUAUUAAUGCAUCAGUAGGCGUCCUAAUCAUUACCUUGCUGGUUGGUCAUAUUUUUCAUGCAGCCAUAAGUCGGAUUGCGGAAGUGGAGAAUGACUAUCGCCAGAUGAUGGGGCUUAAAAGUCUUGCCGAAGCUGCUGAUGUGGCAAAAUCACAGUUUCUGGCAACAGUUUCCCAUGAGAUCAGAACACCAACGAAUGGUGUUUUAGGCAUGCUGAAAUUGCUGAUGGACACUAACCUUGAUGCGAAUCAACUGGACUAUGCCAAGACUGCUUACGAGAGUGGAAAGGAUCUAAUAUCACUUAUAAAUAAGGUUCUUGAUCAAGCCAAGAUAGAAUCGGGGAGGCUUGAACUUGAAUCUGUACCUUUUGAUCUGCGUGCUCUACUUGAUAACGUUCUCUCACCUUUUUCAGUAAAAUCCAAUGAAAAUGGAAUUGAGUUGGCUGUUUAUGUCUCCGAUUUGGUGCCUGAAGUUGUCAUCGGUGACCCUGGACGCUUUCGACAAAUAAUUACUCAUCUUGUUGGAAAUUCUGUCAAGUUUACUCAUAAAAAGGGACACAUACUUGUCUCGGUGCAUCUGGCUGAUGAAGUGAGAGGCCCAGUUGAUUUUAUGGACAUUGUGCUUAGACAAGGCACACAUUUAGUUGGAGAUACAUCAAACAAUAGUUGUACCACAUUUAGUGGGUUACCUGUGGUGGACAGAUGGAAGAGCUGGGAAGAGUUCAAAAAGUUCAGCAGGACAGAUGCAGAGGAGAAACCCAAAACAAUUCGAAUACUCGUGACUGUUGAGGAUACAGGUGUAGGAAUUCCCCUAAAUGCACAAAACCAAAUUUUCAAACCUUUUAUGCAGGCGGAUAGCUCCACUUCACGGACGUAUGGUGGCACUGGAAUUGGACUGAGUAUUAGCAAAUGUUUGGUUGAUCUUAUGGAUGGGGAGAUUGGGUUUGUGAGUAAGCCUGGUGUGGGUAGCACAUUUUCGUUUAAUGUUUCUUUCCAGAAAGGGGAAGUAAGUUUGCUGGAUACAAGAUGGCCGCAGUGUGAUCUUGGUGUUCUGGAGUUCCAAGGGCUAAGAGCAUUAAUAAUAGAUAAUAGCUGCAUUCGGGCAGAGGUCACAAGAUAUCAUCUGCAGAGGUUGGGGAUUUCUGUUGAUAUAGCUCUGAGUGCAGAAUCUGCUUAUCGAUAUCUAUCUAAUACUUCCAACACAAGAGCAUCGACACAAUUGGCCAUGAUUCUUAUAGACAAAGACGUUUGGGACAAGAAAGUGGGUCUCAAGUUCCAUCUUUUGUUUAGAGAGCAUGUGGAUAAAAGCGUGACAAAAGUCCAGAUGAAUACUCCAAAGCUCUUCCUGUUGGCCUCCGUUAGCUCCAUUGAGCAAAAUGAACUUAAAUCCUCUGGUCAUGUAAAUAACGUAUUAACUAAACCUCUUCAGUUAAACGAGAUGGUCAGUUGCUUCCGAGAAGCCCUCGGUAUUGGGAAUAGGAAUCAAGUAAUUAUUAAAAGACCAUCUACUCUUGGAAAUCUGCUGAAAGGAAAGCAUAUUUUGGUUGUGGAUGACAAUGCGGUAAACAGAAGGGUGGCAGAAGGCGCGCUAAAGAAAUACGGAGUGAUUGUAACUUGUGUAAAAAGUGGAAAGGAUGCUGUGGCUCUCCUCAACCCACCGCACAACUUUGAUGCUUGCUUCAUGGACCUCCAGAUGCCUGAGAUGGAUGGGUAUGAAGCUACAAGACAGGUCCGGGCUGUAGAAAGUAUGGUGAAUACGAAAAUUACAUCUGGAGAAGUGUCAACUAAGGAGAGUAAGGUACAUUGGCACACGCCAGUAUUUGCUAUGACAGCAGAUUUAAUUCAGGCUAUGAAUGAAGAGUGCCUGAAGUGUGGGAUGGAUGGUUAUGUAGCUAAGCCAUUUGAAGAAGAGCAACUUUAUUCAGCUGUAGCAUGCUUUUUUGAGACUGCUUGACACAAUCCAGCACGUGGUGGAAAUAACUGUUUCUUAAUUCUCCGACCGACUCCCUCCUCUUAUGUUAGGAUGGAUGGCUCCAGAUUGUGGCUGCCCAUCUUCUGACUACUCUAUCCGGCAAUCAGAUGGUGGAUGGAGUUAAUCUGGUCCUGUUCUCAUCUUUGAAUUCAUGGAAUGACAACCAUGAUUAUGUAGUCUAGUAGUGCGUGCCAGGGAAGAGCGAGCAAACGAUGCAGAAUCCAUGGUUUUGCCUUUUAUCGUCUCCUUCCAACUGCCAAAAACUAACUGAUGGCUUCCUAGAUGGCCCUUGACUUCUUGUCAACUCAAAUGUUGUGAUAUGUCAAAAUCACUAAUAUAUGAAACCACGGUGGCUUUUCAUCUUCUCUGAAAUGGCUUAUCAAAACCCGCCCUCGUACUGCAUACGCGAAGAUAGAAAUGUCACCAUUUUCCAAGCUGACUACAAAUUGUUCGAUAUUUUUCAUUAGUUAUUUGUACUCUGAUGGAUUAAAAAAAAUACCAUCAAUGUCUAAUAAUCAGAAACACCAGAGUUUCAUAUUUGAGGAAGAUCUGCUGCUGUUUCAAAGAACUGACAUUUGAAGAGUACUGUAUAUUCUCAUGUAUAUAAACAAUUUGUCUUAAAUGAUGUAGUUUAGUUUGUAAUGUUACUCAUGUAAUAUUCUGAUGUAUAUUUAUAAAUCACUUCUGUAAAGCUGCAUUUUAGUAAAAGAUUAGAUUAUUUUUUC